AAGGCGGACUUCAAAGCCCAGAGUGCUUUGCGCGCUCCGAAACGCCCUCUGGUAGUUGUAGUCAACAAACGGUCGUUUCCGUGUAUCUAUCCGACGUUAGGUGGUGGAAUCUGCUCUGCAAAGACAAACACAUGUGAAAUUAUUGAUCAGGGUCGUGUGAAUUUAUGGAAACAUGUCAAAGAAACGGGGCAGGAAGCGUAGCAGUGAAGAGCUGAGUGAGAGCUCGGCAUCGACCCUGAGCCCAGACCCGGAUAAUCUGCUGGGCCGCAGGAUUCAGCACACCUGGAGGGAGAAAGGCAACGUAACCAAGUGGAAAGGCACCGUUCUGGAGCGUCUAACUGUGAACAGCUCACUCUACAUGGUCAAAUAUGACGGGUUCGAUUGUGUGUACGGCAUCGAGCUCUUCAAAGAUAGCCGGGUGUCCAACCUGCAGGUGCUGUCGGAGAAAGUCGUGAACAAUAAGAUUAAGGUGCCUCCUGGGGCAGAGGAGCUGGUGGGCCGAGCUGUGGAGCAUCUGUUCGAGAAGGAGGACGGUGAGAAAAACGAGUGGCGGGGCAUGGUGCUGUCCCGAGCCCCUAUCAUGACCCACUGGUACUACAUCACGUAUGAGAAGGACCCGGUGCUGUACAUGUACCAGCUGUGGGACGACUAUAAGGACGGAGAUCUACGCGUCCUACCUGAAUCAGAGAACAAACACCUGCUGCCAGCAGACAGGAAGCCGGGAGAGGAGCCAGAGAGCCUUGUGGGUAAACAGGUGGAGUACGUCACAGAUAAUGGUCUAAAGAGGACGGGCUUGGUCAUCUACCAGGUGCCAGCCAAGCCUACGGUGUACUACAUCAAAUAUGACGAUGAUGUCCACAUCCAUGUCUACGACCUGGUGAAGACCACCUAGUACUGACUGUCCGGUUUCAUCUUCAGCUGGUGGCUCAUCUCUGACCCGACCGGUCGUUACCUGUUAAAAGUGUUUUCCUCCAGUGGGAGGCGAUGUGCCGAAGAUCACAAGUCCUCUUUUCUUUUCUUUUAAAAAAAA